CCGUGUCCCGACGACAUGUGGCGGGGCAGCCGCUGGCUGCGGGGGCUGGUGCUGCCGGCGGUGAGGGGGCUGCGGCUGCGCCCUGCAGGGCCGGCCCCGGGGGCCGCUGUGCGCUGCGCUCCCUGCUGGGCAGGGCUGGCGGGGCGGGCCCUCGGCGGCGGGCCCAGCGCGGAGCUGCGGGCGGGCGGAGGAGCCGAGCAGGAGCGCAGGGCCCCAGAUCAUGCUCUUUCCAAGUUCAAUAUUGAUCUUAUCAUCUCUCUACUGAGGCAAGAAAAUGCUAGCAACAUUUGUGUUAUCCAGGUGCCUCCAGAAAUGAGAUACAGUGAUUAUUUUAUAAUUGUGAGCGGAUCUUCUUCAAGACACCUCUAUGCUAUGGCGCACUACAUGCUGAAAAUGUACAAGCAGCUGAAACAAGAAAAUGAUCCUCACAUUCAGAUUGAAGGGAAAGACACAGAUGACUGGAUGUGCAUUGAUUUUGGUAGCAUAGUGAUCCAUUUAAUGCUUCCAGAGACACGAGAGAUUUAUGAGUUGGAAAAGUUAUGGACUCUCCGUUCUUAUGAUGACCAGUUAGCACAGAUGGUUCCAGAGUCAUUACCAGAAGACUUCAUAUUUGGACUCACUCACCAGGAGCAAUGAUCAAAAUCUUUCCUUCAUGAAAGGAAUACAUACAAAUAAUGCAGUUAGAGCACUCACCACUUCAGGAUUAAAAGAAUGAAACAAGCAAUUUCUUUGGUUACUUCUGGGAAGAGGGGACACAGCAAAGAGCCACUGUGCUUGAAUGCCUCUCCAUUGUGCAGUUAGCGAGGGGCUAGGCUUACAGCAAUACAGCGUAGGACACAAAGUACCUAACUGAAUCUGUCUAGAAUUGUGGGUAUUAUGAUUUAAGCCCCCUUAUUCUUCCAGAAGUGCAGGGGAACCUGGUGACUGAAGUAGUCAGCAUCUCAGUUGAAGUUGUAGCUGAAAGUAUACUGAGGCAGAAGGAAGAGUAGCAGCUAUUUGAAUAGUAGAGACAGUCAACAUGAAAAUCAGUUUAAAAGGAACUUCAGGUACUAUAUCUGCCCCUGAAUCUUCCUACCAGUGUUUGGUUUUAAUACUGAAAGUAUCUCCCUCUGCUGUUGCUGUAUGUGAAAGUGAAACCUCCUCUUUACUCCAAUAAUCAAGGUCUUAUGUAAAUUACACUGAUCUGAAGGUUAAUUUUACUAUGUCCCUUUAACACAAUUUACUGGCACAGAUCCAUAGUGAGCAGAGCCCAAACCUUGUUUAAUUUGAGGUUAAAGUACAAGUAGGGGAAGCAAAGUAGUAUUGAGAGGGGCUCCUUUAUAGUGAUAGUUAGUAUGGGGCAAGCUAAGGUGUAAAUCUACAGCACUAUACUAACAUGCCAUGCACUAAGAGUUCCAAGGUGCAUGCUGAUGUACUGCUGUUUGAAAUGGUUUUUGUGGGUGGCAGACUAGAAUGCUGUAGAUUUACAGCCUGGCUUGUUGAGCAUUAACUGAUCAUGUAGAUGAGCCUUAAUGGGGAUUUUGUGAUAAAGUAAGGAGAUGUUGUAUCUAAAACCAAACAGCUCCUGUGCAAUUUAGCUUAACAUUUUCUCAGAUGCUUGAACCUGAAAAGAAAACUCUACACAUUCAGCAGAAGGAAGAAACUUGGAAAGGAGUGCUUAAAACCACUCUGGCUAAUGUUGAGCUUUGCCUAGCAGAUAUGUCUAAAUUCAUUCCAAAGGGGUACCUUGAAGUCAUUAAGGUAGGGAAAGGUCACUAAUUUAAGAAAGGAGCGGGAGAGGAGUAAAGAGGAGAUGGACCAGUGCUAUUAAACAGCGCUGAAGAGGGCAAGUCAAGGCAGAAAAAAUGAUUUGGGGAAAAGCAACAUCGUAAAUAACUUGAUGCUUUUUAAACAGAAGCACUGUGCUCUUGAAGAUAGAGACAUUCCACCUCUGGUAUAGUCUGCUAUUCUGUAACAAUUAGCUGAGGCUCACUUGUGCUCAGAAUUGAUGACAUGUUCUACAGUACUGGGAUACUCUGCUUUCCAGAUGCCUUCUGGUGUUUUCAAAGCACCCAGUCCAAAGAGAAUUUCAGAUUACUUAUUGGGAGAGUUUCCUUUUCAAUAUUUUGCCAAUAAAAUCUGCUCUUAUGUGAAACAAAUUGAAGUAGAAGUUUAAUCUCUCCAUCAAGCAUCCCCAGCUUUAGUCAAAACACACAAAAGGGUGAGCCAAGAGUCCUCUGACAAGUAUCAUACAAAACUACAUUGAAAUCUUGAGUAGUAGUGCAGACAGCCACAGCUAUCUCUUAGCCCCAAACAGUACCACAAAGCUGCUAUUGCAGGCAUACAAGUAGAAAUUACACAAGGUCUAGUUGCAUUCAAAAGUUAUGCAACUGUUGGGCUACACUUUAGCUAUAAAGCCAAUGCAAAGCAGGUGCUCGUCACCUACCUUGGAGGUGAUCAUGUAGCAUUAGCACCGUGUCCUUGUCCUAUGAAUGGCAGAGUUCUAACACCAAUAUAGCAGACAACUCAGACAAAACUAAUUAUUGAUCAAAAUAAAAAUCAGCCCUAAAAGCCAUGAAUGCAGGAGCUAAUGAUUAAUGAACGCUAGGCACAACAAGAAGUUUAACGUGAGAGACUAUCACAAUAACUGUUCAUAGAAAUGCUAAUAAAGAUGUCUUUGGCAGGAUUUUCUGUAACAUGAUGAAAAGUCUGCACAGUUCUCUAAUAAGCCAUUGAGGCAAGAAAUAUUCCAAUUGAUGACAAGACCGGUACACAAAUUAAGCAGAUGUUACAAUGAAAUAUGUUAGUAGCCAAAUGUAUUGCAGAUUGCUUUUUUUGCCUGCCUCAAAUUACAAGGUAUGAGCCUGUCCUGAUCUACAUUAUAUUUGUCUUCAUGGCUACUUUAACCCUGUUAGGCUUAGAACCCUUCCAAGAUUCACACAUGAAAUUUUACACUUGUAGCACUAGUUUAGUAGUAAGGAGUGCAAGUGACUAAGUAUUUAUUAGCCCACUGAAUAUGUAUUAAAAAAACUCUUGAAGGACA